AUUCAGCCAUUGAAGUGGGAAGAGUAGGGUCCAUACUGUUAUGGUUCAUGCGCGACCUGUCCGCGCAUUCACAGGGAAAAUGACGCUAUUUAAAUUAUUUUAGGAGUCAUCCCAGGUUGUAAGGUGAAAGUAAUCGGUCGGCCGGUGUCAUCGGGGAGCAGCACGAUGUCUGGAGCAGCCGCUGGGGGAGGAGGAGGCUCCCCGUGCUUGGGCGCAGCGGCGGCGGCCAGUUGCAGCUCCGCCGUCUCUCCCUACGCUUCCGCGGCGGGCGGGGGCGCAGGUGUGGCCGGGAGGCUGCCAGCUCGAGUGCUGGAGCACAUUUUCACCUAUCUGGAGCUGUCCGACCUGAUGCGGUGCUCGCUGGUCUGCUGGCACUGGUACAACAUCGUGGCGGACGAGAACAGCGAGGUGUGGCGCAGCCUCUGCAGCCGGAGCCUGAGCGACGAGGCUCUGCGCGCCGACAUCCUGUGCAACCUGCCGACAUACAAGGGCAAAAUCAAGGCUUACCAGCAUGCCCUGAGUUCCCACGACUGCUCCCGCAACGUCUUUGUGAAGAAGAAUGGCUUCACCCUGCACCGCAACCCCAUCGCCCAGAGCACGGAUGGAGCGCGGGGCAAAAUCGGCUUCACGGAGGGGCGGCACGCCUGGGAGAUCUGGUGGGAGGGCCCCCUCGGCACCGUGGCAGUGAUAGGCAUCGCCACGAAGAGGGCGUCCAUGCAGUGCCAAGGCUACGUGGCCCUGCUGGGCAGCGACGACCAGAGCUGGGGCUGGAACCUGGUCGACAACAACCUGCUUCACAACGGAGAGGUCAACGGAAAUUUCCCACAAUGCAACAAUGCGCCCAAAUAUCAGAUCGGGGAAAGGAUACGGGUGAUUUUAGACAUGGAUGACAAGACUUUAGCAUUUGAGAGGGGGUUUGAGUUCCUCGGAGUGGCGUUUCGUGGACUGCCCAAAGUCUGCCUGUUCCCGGCCGUCUCCGCCGUGUACGGCAACACGGAGGUCACCAUGGUUUAUCUGGGCAAACCCCUGGACGGGUGAAGGUGGGCCUCCGUUAAAAUCUGAGAAGGUUGGGAAGGUUUCGUCGCCGCUGCCCACUGGGUGUUCACAGGUUACGGAGGUUGAGUGCUUCCGCUUCUUCCAAACACAAAAAACUUUUUUUUGAAUUUAAAAAGGAGACUUUAUUAUGUACAACUCUACGUGAACUCGAAGGCGAGUUCAAACCGCCGUGAAAAGGACAACAUCAUCGACGUAGAGCAGUCCACUUUUACAGACUGGUGGUUUUAUUUCAUACCUUUGAGGCUAACCGUGCUAAACCCGUCUGCUAGAACGAGGCCAAAACUACUCUGAGCUGUGGCAAAUACUUUAAGCAGAUAAACUGUUUGAUGUAUAAAUUAUUGAAAAACAAACUCUGGAUUUUACAGUUUAACUAUAUUCAUUGAUUGGAUUGUAAUGAAUGUAUGCCAAAUCUUUACCUGUUAUACUUUAAUGUAAAAGGACAGAGUGUCAUGUGCAUUAACUUUUAAAGAACCCAUCC